AUGGUCGUUGUUGAUGGUCUACAGCAGUAUUCGUUCCUGGAAAUUUCGGAUGAUCCGGAAAUUGGCAUAGGGCGGAGCCGUGUUAUUGAUUGCUCGCAAAUGGCCUCCUGGGACGUGAUAAACCGGGAUGUGUCGUCUCCGUCUGGUCCAGCGGGAUUUCCCUGUUCGGGCGAAGUUCCACUCAGCACAACACCGACGGAAGGUUGGGGAUACUAUGAUGUCGUUUGUGUUUCCCCGUUGGUGGCCGGCCAGAGCAUUAGUAUGGAAAGCUAUUUCACUGACGAAGACUGGAGCCUUCUAACGUCAGGGAACGUCGACAGGUUCAACGCUGUGUUUCAAUAUGUUUCCAAUUCGGAGUGGACCCGUGGAAUCGAGACAGUAUUGACUGCUGAGCUAUCGAGCAACACUGCAGUUCUAGACUCUUGGCCGGAACAGUUUUCCGCCAACUACUCAUCAGUCUGGCCCUCUAGCAAUCUAAUUAAAUGGAAAUAUACUUACCUAGGCGGUACGCAGGGACAGAUCACUCUAGAAACCGAUAACACCCAAUUGGAGCCGUGGAUCUUUGAGGAUCCUUAUUUUCCUGUCGGCAAACCGUUAAUUUUCGCGUGUUAUGCAGGCAAUUGCGCGAUUACAUCCGAAGGAAUGCACUCCUACGAGAUGGACGCCUGCAUGCCACCUCCUCCGAAAUGCGGCAAGGGCAACAAUCGCAAGCGUCGUAACGCUGCAUCUUCGUCCGAUCGACGCGACCAGCUGAAAGCGCUUCUGGGCGGCCGGCUGAAGUUUCCGAAAAAGUUAGGACGACUGUUUGACGCCAAA